AUGGCGACCGGUAUUGUUACGCUGCGACAGUUGACGGGUCAACCGUCCGAGCCGAGUGCGCUCAAAGACUCGGCACUGAUUCUAAUCGACAUUCAGAACACGUACUUGGAAGGAGUGAUGGCACUGGAAGGAGCCAAAGAGGCGGUGCAGGAAGCCAAGCGUCUUUUGGAUGAAGCCAGAGCGGCCAAAAGGCCUGUGAUUCACAUUGUGCAUGAUGCCGGACCCGGAACUCCCUACGACGUCACGGCGACCAUUGGUAAAAUUGUGGAUGCCGUGGCUCCGGUCGACGAUGAGCCAACCAUCACCAAGAAAUUCAUCAGCUCAUUCACCCAAACAGAUCUUCACGAAAAACUCCAAGCUUUGAACUGCAACGAACUUAUCGUUGCCGGAUUCAUGACACACAUGUGCGUGAAUUCUACCACCAGAUCGGCCUUCGAAUUAGGGUAUCGAUGCACUGUUGUUGGCAAUGCGACCGCCACCAGAGCACUCCCAGGUGGCAAGGAUGGACGUGUGGUGGACGCCAAGGCGCUCCAGGAAUCGAGCCUAAGUGAACUUGGAGACAUGUUUGCAGUGGUGGUGAACACCGUAGAUGAUCUCAAGCAGGACUAG